AGCUCUGCUCUGCGGGGGGCGGGGGCAUCGGUAGGCACGUGGGAAACUGCGAGCGGGUGCUUGAGGCAUGAAGAGGAAGACGCAUGUGUGCACCUUGGCACACCUGGAGGUGCAGAGUGUGCUAAGAGAUGCUUAUGUAGGAGAUUAAAGCUGCAGUGGCCAUAAUGCCCCUUCUCUGUCAACGCUGUUGAUCAGAUAGUCCAGAUGUAUUAGUUGCUAUGGGAGAUUGGAACACUGUUACAGUGUCAGCACCGUCACCAGAGACUAGUAUUACUUGGUAUACCUCAGCCAAAAAUAUGUCCCCCUCAAGCUUGAGUAUGCAGCAAGUGCUAUGCUCACCACUGCCUUCCUCCAAAAGUGUGCACAGCCUUUGCAGUGCCUUCUGCACAGAAGAGAAUGUUGAGCAGAGCCUCUCCUAUCUUAACAGGGAGCUGACCACACUUGGCUUCCCUUCGCUUUAUUCUGACUCCAAAGGUAAAGAGUUAAGUGUAGUAUCAGCGUUAAACUGUAUGAACGAGCUGCUCUUGCUUCAGCAUAAGACUCUGCGAGCUCAGGAAGAAGCAGAAACUCAGCACUUGAAACUGGGCAGUGAUAUGGACCAUCUGCAGAAUUGCUACACUAAAGUGAAGGAACAGCUGGAAGCAUCUAGAAGAGAAAUUGUUGGACUUCAGGAAAGGGAUAGACAACUGCAGUGCAAGAACAAGAAUCUGCACCAGUUACUCAAAAAUGAAAAAGAUGAGGUACAAAAACUACAGAAUAUUGUGGCAAGUCGAGCAACACAGUAUAAUCAUGAUAUGAAGAGGAAAGAAAGAGAAUACAACAAACUGAGAGAGCGCUUUCACCAACUCCUUAUGAAUAAAAAGGAUAAAAAAAUGGCCAUGGACGUUCUAAACUACAUAGGUAGAGCUGAUGGCAAGAGAGGUGCAUGGAGAACAGGGAAAACAGAAGCUAGGAAUGAAGAAGAAAUGUACAAAGCUCUUUUAAAUGAAUAUGAACAGCGCCAGAAACAGCUUCUGGUGGAAAAUGCUGAACUCAAAAAGCUACUUCAACAAAUGAAGAAGGAGAUAAUUUCUCUUCUUCCACCACAGAAGCAGAAACCUAAAGAGCAGGCUGAAGAUUGCAAAGAAACUAUCCUGUCAGACAUGGAAGAGGAUUCUGGAGAAGCAAAUAAAGAGAAUAUGUGGGAACUUUCUUGUGAGACAGUGCGUGAACAGCUUGCUAACAGCAUUCGCAAACAAUGGAGAAUGCUGAAAAAUCAUGUGGAAAACCUUGAUAACCAAGUAUCGCAUGUAUAUUCUGGAUCACUCCAUGAAAAAGAUACAAUCUCAAGAGAGGACCAUGAACUGGAAGUUGAAAGGCUGCAAUUGGAAAUUCAGCAGUGCAGAGAGAUGGUAAAAACUCAACAACAGCUCCUACAGCAGCAGCUAAUUUCUCCUUGUAGCGAUGAUGACACCAGUAUGUUGCUUCAGGAUUGUUACUUGCUAGAAGAAAAAGAGCGACUAAAGGAGGAAUGGAAACUGUUUAGAGAACAAAAAAAGAACUUUGAGAGAGAACGCAAAAGUUUUACUGAAGCUGCCAUUAGACUAGGACUUGAGAGAAAGGCAUUUGAGGAAGACCGUGGAGCUUGGCUAAAACAACAGUUCUUAAGUAUGACUUCUGAUCACAUGAAACCUCAGUGUGCCUUCCAGGGAAAUUCUGACUUGGACAAUCUAUUAGCCAAUGCCAGAUCUCGACAAAAGAAACAGAACAACUUGUCCAAUGUUUCUAAGUACUCGGAUGUUUGCCAGAUAGCUCAGCAUAUUCCUGAGAACAGUUCAAGCAUUCUGGAUAAAGCACCUAAGGACCGAACGCUAAGCCAGCUCAGAAGGGAACAGUUGAGAAAGAUGCAGGCCAGUGAUGCCAGCCCUGUUGCACAGGAUGAUAUGGCUAGUUUAUGCAUACGACUACCAGAAAACUUGGUGCAGAGCACAUAGAGUACUUGCCUUAGAAUCUUUCUUGCUGUCUUUUGUUAAGCAGAUGUGUCCAUAAACUUUUUGCCUUCAUUUAGCGAAACAGGUUGUAAGCAGUGGAAUUGAUCAGUGGUGGUGCUAGCAGUUGUGCUGUAUGUGCGGGUUUUUAAAGAUUCCCCCUCCCCCACCCUAGCUUUCCUAAUUGCCCCUUUUGAGAGGCUGUUUAAAAAGCAACAAUUCAUUCAGAUUUCUUAAAAUCUUACAGUGGAAGACUAGGUUCUUUAACUGAUGGAAUGUGUGAAAUUCCAAUGACAAAAUGCUUCAGUGCUGGUAUUCUUUCUUUUUUUCCACUUCAGGCAAACGUAGCACUUUUACCACUAGUUUAUGAUGAAAAGUUCACUUGUGUUUCAACUGUAACUGGCAUUGAAAUGUCUUUUUCUUAACUUGAAUGUACAGUACAGUAUAUUAUAGAUGAUUAACAUGAUAGGUUCUAUAUUUAUUGUGAUCUUAGAUUACCUCUUUUAAUAUCUCGUAAAUUAAAAAAGCAAGGCCUUAGUUUUCAGAUAGAUGAGAUUAAAGAAUUAUGUGAUAAUGCCAGACAAUUAAAUUCAUGGAUCCAAAAAUUAUAAUAUUUUAUAUGCCAAUCAUAACUGAGGUUCUUUGUGAUACAAUGUUUACAGAUGAGUUUUUUAAGCCUAUCGUUUCAAUGAAAAAUAAAUUAUUAUAAAAUGCAUUUGCAAAAUAAAUGUAGUAUGUGUACACAAGC